GUUGUGUUGUCAAAAAUGGCAGCUCACGACCACUUGUCUCUCUGCCUGUGCGACUUAAUCAGGUUGUUGUGGUCUCUCCUGCUGCCAUGCCUGUAUCUGUGCUUGGUUCUGACGGCGCUCUUGGUUCUCGUCGUCAUGGGGAUUCGGAUGUGGCUGCAGCGGAAGAGAGGCGCCAGGCGGGACCGGGAGAAGUGUCCCGCGGUGGCCUUCUUCCACCCGUACUGCAACGCGGGAGGCGGCGGGGAAAGGGUGCUGUGGUGCGCCAUCAGAGCGCUGCAGAACAGAUACCAAGAUGUCUCCUUUGUGGUGUACACUGGUGAUCAGGGGGUGACGGGCGAACAGAUUAUCGAGGGUGCUCGCCGGAGGUUCAACAUCAGGUUGCCACGGCCGGUGAAGUUUGUGUUCCUCAAACACCGCCUCCUGGUGGAGGCCAGCAUGUACCCCCACUUCACCCUGCUGGGCCAGAGCGUGGGCUCCAUCUUCCUGGGCUGGGAGGCCCUCACCGAGUUCGUCCCAGACAUCUACGUCGACUCCAUGGGCUACGCCUUCACGCUGCCCGUCUUCCGCUACCUGGGCGGCUGCGGCGUGGCUAGCUACGUGCAUUACCCCACCAUCAGCACCGACAUGCUGGCCGUGGUGCGGGAGCGGAACCCGCGCUUCAACAACGCCGACUUCAUCUCCAGCAACCCGGUGCUGAGCGCGCUCAAGGUGGUCUACUACUGCGCCUUCGCCCUGCUCUACGGCCUGGCGGGCUCCUGCAGCGAUGUGGUCAUGGUCAACUCCACCUGGACGCUGGGGCACAUCCUGGCUCUGUGGCGGGUCCCGGGGCGCACCAGCGUGGUCUACCCGCCCUGCGACGUGCGCGGCUUCCUGGACGCGCCGCUGGAGGAGGACGGCGGCGGGAGGCGCCACCGCGUGGUCUCUGUGGGACAGUUCCGCCCGGAGAAGGACCACCGGCUGCAGAUCCGCGCCUUCCGCCGGCUGCUGGACCGCAGGGGGGCGGGCCCCGACCGGGAGGCGCUCAGGCUGGUGCUGAUCGGCGGCUGCCGCAACCAGGAGGACGAGGAGCGCGUGCUGAUGCUCCGGGGGCUGUGCCAGGAGCAGGGCGUGGCCGACCGGGUGGAGUUUAAGCUCAACAUCCCCUUCGAGGAGCUGAAGAAGGAGCUGACGGAGGCCACCAUCGGGCUCCACACCAUGUGGAACGAGCAUUUCGGAAUUGGGGUGGUGGAGUGCAUGGCCGCGGGGACCAUCAUCCUGGCCCACAAGUCGGGUGGCCCCAAGCUGGACAUCGUGGUCCCGCACGAGGGCGGGCCGACGGGCUUCCUGGCAGACGACGAGGACAGCUACGCCGAGGCCAUGGAGCGGAUCCUGUCGCUGACGCCGGCGGCCAGGCUGGAGAUCCGCCGCAGCGCCCGCUCCUCCGUCGCCCGCUUCUCCGACCAGGAGUUCGAGGCGUCCUUCCUGGCGGCCGUGGAGCCCCUCAUGGCGACGCUGGAGCGGUGAUAUUGAGUUGCCGUGGAGGGGGGCCCCCUCCUGCUUUUAAUGCACUUUACUGUCUCCGCGCCCUUAGCUUCGCCUCGUCGGUUUAUCAGUUACAGUGUGGAGAGUAGUACCGGACAAACCCGCGACCUUCGUUUCUGAUUAACUACCUUGAAUAACGACCAAAAUUUCAGCUAUAAUACUUCUUUGAAAUGUGCCGUCUGUAUGGUUCUCUUUGAUAGAGACAUGUACGAGGUACAUCAAAGGGAGGUGUCCUGCUAAUUUCUGUCUUGUUAAAAGGAGGAAUGUAAAUGUAAAAUA